CGAUGCAACGCUACGUCCUGUCUGACAGCGGUCACCCGACUGUCAAGAUGGCAGCCCUCGGGAGCUGGGCUCUAUGGAGCUCCUGCAGCCGUGGGUGGUCGCGGGCAGUGUCGGGCUGCAGGCUCCCUGGGCUUCGUAGCUCCUCGCCCAGGGGCCCCCUGGGUGCACGGCUCUUGUCCCAAGAGAAGGAGGCAACCGAAACGCACUUCGGGUUUGAGACUGUGUCGGAAGAGGAGAAGGGAGGCAAAGGUGAAAGGGUCUAUCAGGUGUUUGAAAGUGUGGCCAAGAAGUAUGAUGUGAUGAAUGAUAUGAUGAGUCUUGGUAUCCAUCGAGUUUGGAAGGAUUUGCUGCUCUGGAAGAUGCGCCCGUUUCCUGGGACCCAGCUGCUGGAUGUUGCUGGAGGCACAGGUGACAUUGCAUUCCGGUUCCUUAAUUAUGUUCAGGCGCAGCAUCAGAGAAAGCAGAAGAAGCAGUUAAGGGCCCAACAAAAUUUAUCCUGGGAAGAAAUUGCCAGAAAGUACCAGAAUGAAGAGGAUUCCUUGGGCGGUUCUCGUGUCAUGGUCUGUGACAUCAACAAGGAGAUGCUAAAGAUUGGAAAACAGAAAGCCCGUGCCCAAGGAUACAAAGCUGGACUUGCCUGGAUAUUGGGAGAUGCAGAAGAACUGCCCUUCGACGAUGACAAGUUUGAUGUUUACACCAUUGCCUUCGGGAUCCGGAACGUCACACACAUUGAUCAGGCACUACAGGAAGCCCAUCGGGUCCUGAAACCAGGAGGAAGGUUUCUCUGUCUGGAGUUCAGCCAAGUAAACAAUCCCCUUGUAUCCAGGCUCUAUGAUGUAUAUAGCUUCCAGGUCAUUCCUGUCCUGGGAGAAGUCAUUGCAGGAGAUUGGAAGUCCUACCAAUACCUUGUAGAGAGUAUCCGACAGUUCCCAUCUCAGGAGGAAUUCAAGGAGAUGAUAGAAGAUGCAGGUUUUCAGAAGGUGACUUAUGAAAAUCUCACAUCAGGCAUUGUAGCCAUUCAUUCUGGUUUCAAACUGUAACUCCUUUAAGAUUCUGAAGCGUGAACCAGUCACAUCCUGUCAGAAGUCUGGAGCUGGAGGAUAAUCUGGUUAGUGUGACCAGCAGCAGAACAUCUCUGCGUAAGGCUGUGUGCCUUGGACCCAUGUUCUGAUCUGACCAAUCUCGAAGUGAAAGAAACAAGUUCCUGUCACUUGACUGCAGCUUUCCUUAGGGGCUGCUUCAGGCCUUCUCCCAGAGUUAUUUGUCUGUACUUUUGCUAAAGUCCUAUUUUCUCUUGGCUGUGCAGUAUGUGGUUAAGGUAAAACCAGCACUGAAACUCAAUUUUGAAGUGUAUUUGUAGUUUCUCUGCCAGUGCUGCCUUCCAGAGGGAUAAUGAAUUAUUUGAAUUCAAUGAUUAUUUGAACCAGAAAACUUGCUAGCUAUACCUUUCAGCCUAGGACUAAGUCUGGGGCCAAAAGCCAAGGCCCAAAGUAUAGGGCUAAGGAUCACAACUAGAACUGUGCAGUUGAAACACUAAAUGAGUUUACAAUUUUCA